AUGGUGACGCCACGACCUGAAGAUCAGGGACCGUCGACGGCGCUCUUGCCCGGCGACAUCUAUGACUUUCUGAGUGCUCUUGAUCGGAGGAGGGCCAGGUACUUUGCAACAGGAAGCUCUGAGCCUGUUCGCAUGGAUCCUUUCAGAAACUCACACGCUCCGUCCUCCGCAAGCCGUGAAACUCGGCGCUCCUCUGCGUGCUCCUCCAUUUUUGACUCGGCCAGGUCCUUGUCUUCCAUGUCGUCAGUCUCGUCGGGGCCCCAGCUCCCGUGUGAGUUUGCCGAGUAUUACUAUUGCGAAGAGACGUUCGAUCUGAAUAACAUUGACGACUGGGUACAACAUAUCUGCGGCCAUCACCUCACCUGGAGGCUUCCAAAGGACUGUGUUUGCUGGUUUUGCGAUGCUGUUGUCUUUCACGCCGUAGAUGAUACAGCGGAUGAGCGAGAACGCAAUUUCAGGGCCAGAAUGCACCACAUUGCCCAGCACUUUGGUCAUGGUGCAACAAUCUCCGAUAUUCGCCCAGACUUUUACCUCCUAGAACAUCUCCGAGAUACUGGCUUGAUCACAGAAAGAGGUUUUCGAAUUCUCAAGGACUGGCACGAAGCUCCUCAGCCAAAGGGGGGUAUAAACUCUGAAGAGCCUGCUCCACGUGCGUAUGAUCGGGGAGUGGCUGUCGAGGUGAGAUAUCGUCGCGGGCGUGAGCGUUGGCAAAUGGUUCGUCAACAAUGA